GCUUGUUCAUCCGUUCUAACCCGUUACUGUAGCGUCUUGGGGUUGUCCUCCCGCGUGGAGCAUGAACUCCAUCGACCCUUCAGUCCACCACACCUCCUCUCCAUCCGCCAGCUCUCUCCAACCCCAGCCCAAGGGCGCCCAGGAGCCGCAGGAGAUGGCUGUCUACUGCGACAAUUUAAACAUGUAUCACCACCAGCCGAGCUUCCAGGGCGCACAGAGGCCGUCUGGAUACGGCUUCGGAGAUUACACAUCCUCCCCCAACCCAUACCUUUGGUUGAACAGGCCCGCUGUCAACUCCGCAUCCUUCAUGCCGCCUUCCUACGGGACACAGCGGCAGUUCCUCACCAACUCCCCCGGGUUCGGGGGUCCAGACCUGGGUUGGCUGUCCAUCGCCAGUCAGGAGGAGUUGCUAAAGCUGGUCCGUCCUCCCUACUCCUACUCUGCGCUCAUCGCCAUGGCGAUCCAGAACGUGCACGAGAAGAAGUUGACCCUGAGUCAGAUCUACCGGUAUAUCGCUGAUAACUUCCCGUUCUACAAGAAGAGCAAGGUGGGGUGGCAGAACUCUAUCCGACAUAAUCUGUCACUUAACGACUGUUUUAAAAAGGUCCCCCGUGAUGAGGAUGAUCCAGGUAAAGGGAACUACUGGACGUUGGACCCUAACUGUGAGAAGAUGUUUGACAACGGGAACUUCAGGAGGAAGAGGAAGCGUCGCUCCGACUCCACUAACAGCCCCAAGACAGAGGACGGCCGAGCAGCCCCGCCCAUCAAGACCUCAGACAGCCCCCAGCUCCUAGGCACCGCCUCCCCAGACAUGGAGGUGGUCAGUGAGGGUCAUAAGAGCUCCUCCCCCCUAAGCCUGGUGUCCAGCGCUCCGUGUUUUAACAACUUUUUCAGCAGUAUGGCUGGGCUGGGCUCUGGGUCCUUGGGCUCCGGGUCCCUAGGUGCCUCUAGUCCCCCCAGCAGACAGACUGGCUCUCUGGGGUUGGUCAACGAGCUGACCAAUAGGAACAUUACAGCCCUCCAUAGCAGCCCAUACCACAACCACACCACCCACACCCCGACGCAGGCCCCAGGCCAGGACUGCCCGGGGGUCUCAGAUUCAGGCCACGUGGUCCACGGUCACCCAGCAGACAACCUGUCCCACUUCAACAGAGGAGUGUACUGCAAUACCUUCAGCGGAGGGGGGCAGGAAGGACAGUUCAACGGCCACUUCUACAACAGCUUCAGCGGAGGGGGGCAGACAGGACAGUUCAACAGCCACUUCUACAACAGCUUCAGCGUCAACGGUCUAAUAUACCCCAGAGAGGGCACGGACGUGUAG